AUGCUUUUUUUCUUGAGAAUCCCCGAUCUUUCCCGACCAAAGCUGCAUUUAACCGAAGUCCGCUACGCGCACCGGAGCACUCCAGAUGUCCCAAAUCAGUCCGCCAUACACGCCGUUCGCAAUCCUCGUCAAAGGUCCGGACAGUACGCCAUCGUCGAACAUCUCCAGCCCCUUGUCCUCGCAAUACUCAUGACUGGCUCCCUUGCCCGCGUCGUAACAGAUCUCUCCAUCGCGAUUCCUUCGCCUUCUUGCCUCGUCGACGCUGAUACUACCCUCCUCCCCGCCUCCUCUUCCCAAAGCCUCAUCUACUCAUGGGCCCUUGCAGCUGACGAGUGUUAA